GCACUUAAAAGUGACUCAGUUUUAGGGAAAGGAAAUUGGAGUGGACAGAGUCAGAAGACUGCGUGGACGGGCAGGAGAAGGCACGGUGAUGCCUUCAACCCGGUCCCUGCGGGGACUCCACCAAGUAGCCUGUCCUGCCUGCGCUGGGCCCUUGCAGGAUGCGGUGACCACAGCCUGCGGACACACUGUCUGUCUACUCUGCCUCCCGCGCACCCCAAUGGGGGCCCAGCUGCUAUGCCCGCUCUGUCAGGAGGCAGGAGAGGAGCAAAUCCAGGCCGCAGUGGCCCCGGUGUCCCUAGGUCCCCUGAGUGAGACCUACUGCGAAGAGCACGGCGAGAAGAUCUAUUUCUUCUGCAAGACAGAUGCGGAGCUGCUCUGCGUGUUCUGCAGGGAGGGCCCCGCCCACCAGGCACACACUGUGGGGUUCCUGGAUGAAGCUAUCCAACCCUACAGGGAUCGUCUCAGGAGUCGGCUAGAAGCUCUAAGAACAGAGAGGGACAAGUUAGAAGAUAGGAAAUACCAAGAAGACCAGAAGCUCCAGGAGGUUCUGAUGCAAGUUGAAAGCAAGAAGCAACAGGUAGAAGCUGCUUUUGAAAGGCUGAAGCGGGAGCUUGUGGACCAGAGGUGUCUCCUGCUGAACAGGCUGGAGGAACUAGAACAGCAGAUCUGCAAGGAGAGGGAAGAGUACCUCAGGAAAGUCUCCCAGGAGGUCGACCGGCUGGGUGCCCAGGUUGAGGAGCUAGAGGAGAAGUGUCAGCAACCAGCGAGUGAGCUUCUGCAAGAUUCCAGACUCAAUCAGAGCAGGUAUGAGCUGAAGUCUUUUGUGAGCCCAGAGGCCAUUUCCUCUGAUCUUAUCAAGAAGAUUCGAAACCUCCACAGGAAAAUACUUUGCCUCCCAAAGAUGAUGAGGUCAUUUUCAGAAAACUUGAUGCAGCAUCUGGAGACAGAUUCAGGCUCCUAGGUACCGUGCUGCCGCUGUCCUGCCAUUGCACUUUAAGAAAUCCUCAGACACAGCUGUCACAUCUGUCCUCCAGAAACAGAAGCAUAGGAAGCAGGCAGCACGUAUGGACAGAUGGCGCUCCAUCCUGAAGCCAGAGGAGGGGUCACUCUGGACCCUCAGAUCACAACCCCAAGCUCAGUUCUCUCUAAUGGCCACCUGAGUGUCAGCUGCACCAUGAGAGUGGCCUCCAAGGUGGCCAGGAUGAGGGGAUGGCAGGACCCGGGCACCAAGGACAGUGUCCGGGCCAUACUUUUGCUCCAACUGGCCAGCACCCAUCUGCCACGCAGAAGGAGACACAGUGUUCUUUGAAGUGUAGACAUGGCCAGGUGUGAGAGAGACCUUGCAAAUAUCCCAUACCAAGGUGUCAAUCACCAUCUUUUCCUGGCCCUAUCCCACCUGAAAAGUAAGUUCCUGCCUACCUUUGAAAGACUGAGGUGGAGCCAGGGAAGUGUGGCAGACACACCAGCACCCUGGAACCCAGCUCUGUCCCCAGCAUUCAAAACUAAGGUUGGAACUUAGGACCUUGGAAUCUUACAGUUUUUAAUUUGUAUGUCCAGUACCUUCAGCUUCCUGCAAUCCUGUUCCUGGACACGAUGAUCUCUCUGAAUGGAGAGCCAGGAGCAGACAGGAAGACAUUGCCCUAGAUACCAGCAAAGCUAUGAGUCAAUGGGAUUUGGAAGGGAAACAAACAAACAAACAAAAAAAACCAGUAAAAACUUUGAAAUGACCACUGUAGGGUAACCAGGACUCUGUUUGGUUUGUAUUAAUUUAUGACUUUUGGACAUAAAGCUGUGCUUUGGGGCUUCAUCAACAACUCUGGGUGGGCCCCAAAGCCCCUUCAGGUCAUUUCUUUAGCUUUUGGGAGAAUGUUUUAAUAAAAUAUGUAACCUA